AUGAUCCGGUUUCCUCAGGAUACUCUCCGUCACUGCGAUGUCUGCGCCGGGGGCUGCUCGAGAUGGGAGGGGUCCCCGACUAAGGGGAGGGCUCGUAGCAAAUAUAACGCAGGACGUGCCGCGAUCGCGACAUUGUGGCGGCAGCUGCGUCUCUCCACUCUACUCCGGCCUAGCGCAAGGCAGGGUCUGAGGACUCGUGAACUCGAAAUUGCGAUAAGGUUCGCAGUGUGCGGUGGACUCACACGUGGGCACGUGGGCACGCGGAGGAUGUGGCGUUGCGUUUGCGCUUUGGUGCUCCUUUGCGCUGCUUUCACAAGAUGCAACGGCCUAAAGAGUGCGGAGAUGUCUACGGUGCCGUUUGUCUUGGGCUCACGGUACGGUAGAUCCCCUCCGCGAAUGAUCGCACCACGCAACGAUAGGUUCUUCAUGGGAAGUCGGUACGGAAAGAGGUCUGAAAAUUCGAUGCUCACGGCGCUACGCUCACUGCAGAGUUUGCCUCAAACCCCGAGUCGAUAUCUCUCGUCAAUCUGCGAGCUACCUGCAUUCGCGCCACUAUGUUCUCGAUCGCGGGCCGCUACGAAAGCUCACUACAACAGGUUGGACCAAAGAUAUGGCGAUAAAACGGCUUAUGAAGAC